AGCACGGCUUUGUCGGCUACUCCAAAGAGCUUAUGUUCAACAACACACUGCCGGACUACAGCCAGGGAGAGUCCUUCUUCACUGUUUUUGGAGUGUUUUUCCCAGCUGCUACAGGUGUGAUGGCUGGGUUCAAUAUGAGCGGAGAUCUCCAGAAGCGUGCUGCCAACAUCCCCCUGGGGUCUCUGGCCGCUAUUGGAACCUCGUGGCUUCUGUACAUGGUCUUCGUUUUUUUGCUGGGAGCCAUUUGUACCCGUCAGUCACUCCGCUAUGACUUCAUGAUAGCAGAGAAGGUAUCCUUGGUGGGUUUCUUGUUUUUGCUGGGACUGUACAUCUCGUCCCUGGCCUCCUGCAUGGGGGGGCUGUAUGGAGCACCCAGGAUCCUGCAGUGCAUCGCCCAGGAGAAUGUGAUCCCCAUGCUCGCCUUCCUUGGAUAUGGGAAAGGACCCAACAAGACUCCAGUGGCUGCAAUUUGCUUAACAAGUCUCAUCACCAUGUCUUUCGUCUUCAUUGGGCAAGUGAAUGUUCUUGCUCCCAUAGUCACCAUCAACUUCAUGUUGACAUAUAUUGCUAUAGACUAUUCCUAUUUCUCAGUCUCCUUAAGCUACAAUGUUCAGCAGAAACCUGAUGAGACCCAGAUGGAAAAUGCUAGGCCUGCUCAUUCUUCCCAGCCUUUAAUUUUCAACAAGCCCUCCAGCCGUGCAGCAGAUGGAGUAAUUCAGAGCAGGUCAAACGGCACCUUGCUGGAAUUCACAAAAGACAUGGACCAACUUUUUAAACCAUUUCAUAGUGAGCCAGGCACUUGCAAAAAAGGAGGAGCCAAGAAUUUAACCCAAAAGGCCAAACAGAAGAAGACAAAGAAGCGAGCCAAGCAGACAUUACAAGACAGCUUUCUCCUGGAUCUCCAUCGUGAUGUUCCCGCGGCUCCGUACGGCUGGGAUGAGACCAUGGAGCCCUGCAGCAAGACCCAGCAGGACCUGGCUGAGCAGGUCCAUCAGCAUGACACGGGUCCACGCUCACCACCCGCUGCGGAUGCUCAGCGGACACCCGGGCUGCUGGAGCUGGGGGAGCAGCUCUGCAGUGAGGCGCCCGCGCUCCCCGGCCAGAGGGGCGAAGAAUCAUCUAUAAAGCAACAAAAUCCAGAGCUGGGAAUUCAGCAAAUACCAGAAUCCUUCUACUCCAAAUUCUGCAAUCACUGGGUUUCCUUUGCUGGUGCGAUCGUGUCCCUCAUCAUAAUGUUUGUCAUUCAGUGGAUCUACACCCUUGUCAGCCUGGGUGCAGCAGUUAUUCUGUAUUUCUACAUCGGCCAGGUGAGCCCAGGACUCCCCCUUGGAGCAGCAGCAAAUUUCAGUUUCUUCGGCUGGAUUAAGUCAGUUUUGAUCACCUCGUGCAGGAGAAGGCCAUCUCCUAAGGAGCAGAUCGUGGUGACACCAUCCUUUGCAACAGUUGGCAUGGAGACCACGCAGCUCACCGAGGAGAACGCAGACUUCGCCUCACGGGACCGCUAUCACCAGUCCUCGCUUGUCAGCAGAGAGGAGCUUGGGAAUCAAUUCCAGUAA